AUGGCAGCAUCACAGGGUUCAAUAGUGAGGGUGCCGUCGAGGCGCACACAAGAGACGACGGAGGCCACGGUCGCGUUCGAGAUUGCCGGCUACAGCCUGCUCAAGGGCCUCGAUAGAGGUGAAUUCCUCUCUUCUCCGCCCUUCUCCAUCAGCGGUUACGAAUGGUGCAUCCUCUACUACCCCAAUGGUUCCGGGGAUGAGAGGAGCCAAGGUUAUGCCUCUGUCUUCCUCAAGCUCCUGACCAAGAAUGCCUUGGUGAGGGCUUUCUACAGGUUGUGGCAUCUAGAUGCGGUUAGGGGGCAUAUGAUUAAGCCGGUGUUCAGCAGCCAAGUGACAAAUGUGUUCGGCCCUAAAAGCCCAUCUUGGGGCUUUGAGAAGUUCAUGAAGACCACCGAGAUGACGUAUGUGCGGAAUGAUUGUCUCGUUAUGGAGUGGGAGGUCCGAAUUAUCAAGGAAACACUAGAGAUCCAAGUGCCACCCUCUGAGCUUUCGGAUAAUCUUGCAACAUUGCUAGAGGGGAAGAAAGGAGCAGAUGUGACUUUCAAGGUUCAAGGGGAGAUUUUUUUUGCUCAUAAGAUUUUGCUUGCGAUGCGGUCAGCAGUCUUUGACGCCAACUUCUAUGGGCCAAUGGCUAUGGGGGAGAAAGAGUCACAUGACAUAACUAUCGAUGACAUGCAACCUUCUGUUUUCAAGGCAUUUCUUCACUUCAUCUACACGGAUUCAUUGCCUUCCAUGGUUGAUCUAGAUGAUAAUGACAAAAUAGAAAUGGUUAAGCACUUACUUGUGGCUGCAGAUAAGUAUGCAAUGGAAAGGAUGAAGGUGAUAUGUGAAGGCCUGCUAUGCAAGAGUCUUGAUGUCGAGACUGUGGCGACAAUAUUAGCUCUAGCUGAGCAGUAUCAUUGCAGCAAUCUCAAAGAUGCUUGCAUUGAAUUUAUGCUCUCUUCGAAUAGAAUGAAUGAUGUGCUCGCAAGCCAAGGGUAUCUACAUCUCAAAAGAUCGUUUCCUGACAUCAUUGUUGAUUUGUUUGAGAGGACAGUUAAGUCCCGCAAAAUUUAG